UGUGAGAUUCCUUUCUGUCAAACUUGCUGCACGAGUAUGGCGUUGGACUCAGUUGAGGGUUUCUUUGGCAUCGAAUUGAGCAAGAAAUGUAAGACCGCCGAGUGGAAAGGUCCGGAAGAGGUAGAGGACAAUACUGAAGUAAAAUUACAGUUGUCUCAUGCCUGUUUAGGAGCAGACGCCAAAGAGGGUGAGAGAAAUGUGGUCGAUGUGACAACAGCUGAUAUCUAUGGAAAGGAGGUAACUCACACGAUUGUUUCACUACAAAUAGGUCACACUGAAAUGGUUGCCCUGAAUCUAGGAUUUUUAGAGAAAUCGACGUUUAAACUUGUCAAGGGUAAUGGGCCUGUUCACCUUUCUGGUGCAUAUUUGCAUGCUCUUGGCGACAUGUCAGAUGACGAAAGUGAUAGCGACGAGGAAAGUGAAGAGGAGGAUGUUCCAGAUCUUGUCAAGGCGGCCGAAAAGAAAGAAACUGUCUCAGAUGAAAAACCUGAAAAAAAAGAUAAAGCCCCGGAAGCUAAAAAGGAUACAACAAAAGUCGAACCAAUGACAAAAAAGAAAGCAGAGCCAAAGUUGGACUCCAAAAAGAAACCUGAAAAAGAAGAAGAUGCAGAUAGUGAUGAAGAUGACGAUGAUGAGGAUGAUGACAGUGAUGAUGAGGAAGGUGAAAAAGGGUUGUUAGAUGAUGAAGCUUCUGAAGACGAUGAGGACGAUGAUGAAGAAAUGAACAUGGAUGAUGAUGGUGAUGAACUUGAUAGCGAUGAAGAUGACCUUGACGAUGAAGAUGAUGAAAGUGAUGAUGAUUUAUCUGAUGAAGAGGAAGAAAGUGACGAAGAGGAGGAACUAGUACCCCCAAAAGCAAAAAAGGCAAAGGUCCUUACAAAUGGGCACAAAGAUGACAAGCAAAAAACACCAGUGAAGAAGCAGGAACAAAAGGCAAAGCAGCAAGAGGAACAAAAAACACCAAAUAACCCAAAAACACCUGAUGUUACAGACAAAAAAGGGAAGACACCCAAAAGCGAUAAAAAGAAGGAGAAAGAUGCAAAAACGCCUGUAGCAGCACCUGCUAGUAUAGAGGAUGUGAAAAAGAAGUUACUCAAAUCACCAAAUCUCCCCAAAACCGUUGAGAAGUUCAAGAAUUUCAUGAAAAGUGCACACAAAGUAACUGAUGAUGGAGAUGUCACAGGACUAUGGGACUGGCUUCAAAAGAAUAAAAAGUAAUUUUGGACAUGAACAUAGUCCCAGUUAAGUUUUGUUGACAGAAGUUGAUAAAUGUGUACAGUUAGUUUAUAAAGGGUGCCAAAUAUACAUCAUUUUCAGUUGGGUAGGAUUUUACUUUGAAACAAGACUACGUAGUAAACUACGUUUUAAAGUAUCCAUAGUGAUUAACAUGCCUUGAACUUUCUUAUAAAUAUAGUCUUUUAUUAGAAGAUUGAAUAGACUGCAACUUGAUAUUCUGCUGUUCUGGUAGAAUGAAAAGGAUCUCAUUUAAAAAUCUGAUUAACAAAGGAUUCAGAAA